CCUCGGGGGCGCCGCCGCGGCCCCGAGCCGCGGCCUCCGCCUGCCUCCUCCUCCCGCCGCCCUCCCUCGGCGCGCCCAACCCGGAACCCGGCGAGCGCGUGGGGGCGGGGAGGCGAGCGCGCAGAGCUGGCGGGCAGCCCCGCGGCCCGCGGCCCCCCAGCCAUGUCGGCCGAGGAGAUGGUGCAGAUCCGCCUGGAGGACCGCUGCUACCCGGUGAGCAAGAGGAAGCUCAUCGAGCAGAGCGACUACUUCCGCGCGCUCUACCGCUCCGGCAUGCGCGAGGCCCUGAGCCAGGAGGCCGGCGGCCCCGAGGUGCAGCAGCUGCGCGGCCUCAGCGCCCCGGGCCUGCGCCUGGUGCUGGACUUCAUCAACGCCGGCGGGGCCCGCGAAGGCUGGCUCCUGGGCCCGCGCGGGGACAAGGGCGGCGGGGUGGAGGAGGAGGAGGAGAUGGACGAGGUGAGCCUGCUGUCCGAGCUGGUGGAAGCGGCCUCCUUCCUGCAGGUCACGUCCCUGCUGCAGCUGCUGCUGUCCCAGGUGCGGCUCACCAACUGCCUGGAGAUGUACCGCCUGGCGCAGGUGUACGGGCUGCCCGACCUGCAGGAGGCCUGCCUGCGCUUCAUGGUCGUCCACUUCCACGAGGUGCUCUGCAAGCCCCACUUCCACCUCCUGGGGGCUUCUCCCCAAGCUCCGGGGGAUGUCAGCCUGAAGCAGAGGCUGAGAGAGGCCCGGAUGACUGGGACUCCUGUCCUUGUGGCCCUAGGGGAUUUCUUGGGGGGACCCUUGGCCCCUCACCCCUACCAGGGGGAGCCCCCGUCCAUGCUCAGGUAUGAGGAGAUGACUGAACGUUGGUUCCCGCUGGCCAACAACCUUCCCCCCGACCUGGUGAAUGUCAGGGGUUACGGGUCCGCCAUCCUGGACAACUACCUCUUCAUAGUGGGCGGGUACAGGAUCACUAGCCAGGAGAUCGCCGCCGCGCAUUCCUACAACCCCAGCACCAACGAGUGGCUCCAGGUGGCCUCCAUGAACCAGAAGAGGUCUAACUUCAAACUUGUGGCUGUUAAUUCAAAACUGUAUGCCAUUGGUGGGCAGGCCGUUUCUAACGUCGAGUGUUACAAUCCUGAGCAGGAUGCGUGGAAUUUUGUGGCACCAUUACCAAAUCCUCUGGCUGAGUUCUCUGCGUGUGAGUGUAAGGGGAAAAUUUAUGUCAUUGGAGGAUAUACUACCAGAGACCGGAACAUGAACAUUUUGCAGUACUGCCCCUCUGCUGACAUCUGGACGCUCUUUGAAACGUGUGACGUCCACAUCCGCAAGCAGCAGAUGGUGUCCGUCGAGGAGACCAUCUACAUCGUGGGGGGAUGUCUCCAUGAACUGGGGCCCAACCGGAGGAGCAGCCAGAGCGAGGACAUGCUCACCGUGCAGUCCUACAACACUGUCACCCGGCAGUGGCUCUACCUCAAGGAGAACACGUCCAAAUCGGGUCUUAACUUGACUUGCGCGCUUCAUAACGACGGCAUCUACAUCAUGAGCAGAGACGUUACCCUGUCAACCAGCUUGGAACACCGAGUUUUCCUCAAGUACAACAUCUUUUCAGACAGUUGGGAAGCAUUUAGGCGUUUCCCAGCCUUUGGACACAACUUGCUGGUUUCCUCUCUUUAUCUGCCCAAUAAAACAGAAACCUGACUGAAUUGACUUAGUAUUUAAAAGAAACCUGGUUCAAGACAAAAAA